AUGGAUCCGAGUAUCAAAGAAGGUGUUCCAUUAUCAGACUCUUCUUCUUAUAGAAAGUUGAUUGGGAAGUUGAUGUAUCUACAUACAACGAGACCUGACAUCUAUUAUGCGGUGAACACUUUGUGCCAAUUCUCUCAUGCUCCUACAUAUAUUCAUCUCAACGCAUCAUAUAAGGUUUUGAGGUAUCUAAAGGGCACGGUUGGCCAAAGACUGUUUUAUCCAGCUGAUAACAAAUUUGAUCUCCAUGGGUUUUCGGAUUCUGAUUGGGCAGCAUGUAAAGAUACAAGAAGAUCAGUAAGUGGUAUAUGCAUGUUCAUAGGUGAUUCCUUAGUGUCUUGGAGAUCCAAGAAGCAAGACACGGUCUCUUGUAGUACUGCUGAAGCAGAGUUUCGAGCUAUGGCGCUAGCAACGAAGGAGAUGAUCUGGUUAGCUCGUUUACUUCUUGAGUUUCGAGUUUCAUUUCAACCUCCAGCUUAUCUCUAUUGUGAUAACACUUCGGCUUUACACAUUGCUAACAAUUCUGUGUUCCAUGAGAGAACUAAGUGGAUUGAGUUGGAUUGUUACAAAACUAGAGAGGUUAUUGAAUGUGGGUUUCUCAAGACCAUGUUUGUCAAGACUGGAAAUCAGCUAGCUGAUACAUUGACAAAGGCGUUGCACCUUGCACCGUUCCGAGACCUCAUUAGCAAGAUGGAAAUGACUAACAUCUUCAUAUCUCCAUCUUGA